CCACUACCUUCGCCGCUGUACGGCUUCUGUUUCAUUGGCCAGUUCAUUACAAUUUCCGAUUCGCGGCAGCUGCGCGGCAGCAACUCUCGCGACAUUUGCCGCGGCCCGGCAAGCGCAAGCCACAGCAGGGUACUGGCGCGCCCAUUCAGUUUUGCCUGCUGCCGGCGCCACUCUGUUUGUUACCCGGAACUGCCGGGCAGAGCAGCAUGACGUCCGCCCUGGAAAACUACAUCAACCGAACUGUUGCUGUUAUUACGUCUGAUGGGAGAAUGAUUGUGGGAACACUAAAGGGUUUUGACCAGACCAUUAAUUUGAUUUUGGAUGAAAGCCAUGAACGAGUAUUCAGCUCUUCACAGGGAGUAGAGCAAGUAGUGCUAGGAUUAUACAUUGUAAGAGGUGACAAUGUUGCAGUCAUUGGAGAAAUUGAUGAAGAAACAGAUUCUGCACUUGAUUUGGGGAAUAUUCGAGCAGAGCCUUUAAAUUCUGUAGCACACUGAGGAAAAACUACAUACUUGGACAUCUAUAAAUCUUUGUACAGAAACUGAUUCUUCUGAGAAUGAUGUAUGGAAUUUUUAUGAAUGUGUAACUGGAUUUUGACUCCUUAUCGAUUUAUUAUAAUAUGUAAAUUAAAAUAUUUCUGAAUUUUAUUGAAAAAAAAAUUUUUGCCUAAAUCAUAAGUUUGGUAGUUUGGUUUCUUUUAUUAAAUAGUGUGAAAAUAUAAUGGUCAUUUUGAAAACUUUUAGAAAAAAGUAGUACUUUUUGAUAUUUUAGUAUUUAUAGAAACUACUGGAAAAGAGAAAUUUUUGUGCUACGUAAAUCAGGCAUUCAAAUAGCAGUAGUAGUACAGGAUAUAUGUGUUUUCUUUCCCUGAUAUUUAGGAAAGUCACCAUAAGGUAAAUCUUUUCAGGAGUUAUUUCAACCAACAACAUUUAUCUGAUUCCACUGGUGGUGGUUUGCUAGUGCUUCUAAAAGUUGCUCCCUAGCACUGAGGUUGGGUACGUACAAAUGUGUUUGCUUGAGAAAAGCUAAAAUGCUAACAAGGUUUUAAUAGUUGGGCCAAAAUUCGAACUUGAAUAUUAUGACCAGGAAUAGUAGAAUUGACAGAGAUGAUUGGUAAAUUCUCUUGAUACCCAAUUGGUUAGGUAUGAAAGUACUAUGAACACAUUAAUGUUGAAUUUUAUGGACAGUAUAUUAUCUGAAUAAAAUUGAUUCUUUGUAGUCUUAAAUUUUUAAUUUUUUAAGAAUUGGAGAAUUUCUAGUAUUAGAGUUAUUUAUAAAUGUGAGUAAAUAAACUCAAGUUUAUAUUGAAGUAGUGAUAGUCAUUGUCAGAAAUUUUUCAUGAUUCAUUAGUUCCAUAAACCUGAUUUUAUGUAAAUGUGACUUAAAUGUGUAGUUUAAAAUAUCCUCACUCAAAAUCAGCCUUGUAAAGGGAGAAGCACUAUCCCUAGAAUUACUUGGUUGAUGAAGUUAGCUAAUACUGACUAUUUAUAAAUACUUGGCAUUUGUAGUAUAAUGUUUUAUAAUCAAUUUAGUAAUGAAAUGAUGCAAGGUGGGUAAGGCAAACAGGCAAAUUUAAGUAGGGACUGUGAAUGAAAUAUUUUAUUUUAGUAUAUGGCAUUUUUAAUUGGUAAAAUAAUUCCAAAAAUCAAAUAAGAAUACACAUCAAUCAGUUGCCAAGAAAAAAUGCAUUCUAACAGUACAAAUGAAGUCCAGAGUCAGAUCUUUUCUCAAAAUACUUGACAUAUCAAGACAAAUUACACAUAAACAAGUAAAUAAAAACCAGUCUUGUCCCUCGUGAUAAUGGGUUUCUAAUGUGACGUAUUCUUGAAAUCUGAAACACUUUAUAAAGCUGUGUUUUCCUGUUGAUGUUGGAAAAAGCAGUCCCAAAAUGUGAAGUACUGUUUUCAUGAAUAGCUGUGAAGGAUGUGAAUGGUAAUAGGCCAGAUGAUCUAUGUAAUUCUUUUUUCCUGGUUACAUGUACUUGGUAGACUUUUUAUGCUCACAGCCAAUUUAUAUUGGAUUUAUUUUUGCCUGAGAAUUGUAGGGGAGCCACAACCAUGAGUAGUAACAUAAUUAAUAUACAGUGACAAGAUUUUAUAUUUAAUGCAACAUUUAUUCUAUAAUCAGUUCUUAUUUAUAAAGAGGCUCAAAUCAAUUUCAACCUGUAAUUACCUCUGUGCUUUGUGACUGGAACACAAUCUAAACCCAGCUUAAUGAAUCAAAGAGAUGUUUCUUGGCAAGAUAUUUUCAUUAAAGUUAUUUGGAAAGGGCAAUUAACUGCAAAAAGGACUUUUUAUUUUUCUUUUUAACCACAAGAUACUAUCUAAAAUAAAGCUCUUUGAUAACUUGGUGUCACAUGCUGACAGUUUGGGCUUAAAUAUUACAAAUCUUGAUCACAGAAGAGGAAGAGAGAAAGUUUUACUAAUAUUUGCUUAAAUAUCCUGUGUAAUACCUUUAUAACAUCCUUCUGAAUUUUUAAGCUAAUAAUGUAAGAUAAGUAUGAUAAAAACAAUUUUUAAAUGGUAUUUAAUGCAAAUACAGAAUAACAGUGUUAACAUUUUUCUCAGCCAUGUAAACCUAGUAUUCAUCAUGUGAAUGAGAAAGUAAGGUAACUUUAUAUGGCAUGUGAACCAGACUGUUUAAUAGCCAGGAUUGUAAAGCAACACUUAACACUUUUUCUGGGCCUUCAUCUUCAAAAUUAGUAAGUAGUAUUUAUUGAGUGUAUAUCAUGUGCCAGGCCUGAUGCUGAGUGCUUACAAUAACCAUUUUUUAUAUGGGAAAAUUGAGGCUCAGCAGGAUCAAACACUACAGUAUAUUCUGGGCCUUCAUCUUCAAAAUCGGUAAGUAGCAUUUAUUGAGUGCAUGUCAUGUGCCAGGCCUGAUGCUGAGUGCUUACAAUAACCAUUUUUUAUAUGGGAAAAUUGAGGCUCAGCAGGGUCAAGUACCUUAUAAGAGGUAGCACUAGUAAGUAACAGGACUCAAAUUCAACUAGGUCUUUCAACUCUUUAUACAAUACUGCCUGUUACCAGAAAGUAUAGUCUUAAAAUCUGUCAAGCAUCCAUCAGAAGCCUGACGAUAGAUGAUCUAAUGCAGUUCCCAAAGCCACAUUGUAGGCCAUUUUCAUUAUAAUUACCUGAGGUGCCUUAAUAAUAUUCUUGGGCCCUACUCAUUGAUGUGGUUCAGCAGCUCUGUAAUGAAGCAAAAAGGAAUAGUCACUAAACAGCGAAGGAAAGCAUGGAAUUAUUAAAAGACCUAACAAUUAUAUGCUGGGAUGAGUCUCUAACCCCACAGAAUUGAAUUCAAACAGAAUCUUAUUCAAGAUAAGGAUGAUAACAUCUAUCUUCCUGAGUUGCAAAAAGUAACAUUAGACUUCAUUUUUGACACUCGGUAUGAUUUUAAGGACAUAAUGGUAAAUAGCUUUUUAAUACUAUUCUAAGUAUUCAAAGGCCAUUGUAUAAAAGUUAAAAUAUAGGUCUUGUCAGCUUAGCUUUUUAAGAGUGUCCCACUGACUACCAUAUCUCUACAAGAGAAGGGAUAUAUAAGUUAUGAAGAGUUCAGGUUAUGUGGAAAGUAUAAGUUUACACUAUUUUAACAAAUGUAUAAUAAAAUUUGUUUCUAUGUCAUCUUACACUCUUGAUUCAAGGAGUUUGAAAGUGUAAACCUAGAUCUUUCACAUGCAAAGAGGAACCUCUCCAUUCUGUACUUGUAUAGUCACUACCUUAUUUCAUAGAUUUACUUAUUUUAAAUUUAGUUUUACUUAUUUUGGGACUAAAAUAAGCUUGGGCUGUGAAUCUCAGUUUUAAGUCAUGAGCAAAUUUGAUAAAAAUUGCUUUCUGUCUUCAAGUAAUACUGAAAAAAAUGUUGACAAGGUAAAGCUACCUCCAUUUAGAUUGAUACUUAUUAAAUAGCAUAGUGCUCUCAUUAAACCUGUGACAAAUAUGUUUAAUUAUAAGAUGCUAGUACUUAUGCUCCAUCCUGUUUAUAGGGAUUAUUGAUGUAAAAUUUGAUCAGAUGCUUUGAUGUAAUCUUCAUUCCUCUGUAUAGCAGGAAACUAUGAGACGUGGGGUUAGUCUUUGUGAAUCAUUGCUGCCUUCUAGUGACCAUUGCUUUCUUUUCUACAUGUCCACAUACUUCAAAAAAACAGAUUUUGGAAUUUUGUCAGGGACAUUUAUCAAGCUGUUAAUACCCACCAGGCACUGUGCUCAAAACUGUGGAUAAGCCAGGGAAUGGUAUUCUUGUCCUUGUGACGUGUGUGUCUGUAUCUACCUCAACCAAAUCAUUUUGACCCAGAUUUACUGUCCAAGGGGAUGUGUUACUUCAUCAGAUUCUUUCAGUAUUCUAGGAUAUUAUUUAUGGGUUCUGGAUUCAUUCAAAACAACUAGAAAUGGUCUUCUUAAAAUGAAUGUAAUUCAUAUCAAUCAUUUUCCCCAUCUUUUUUUGUUUGUUUUAAGAUUGCUAAGUGUGUAAGUUGCAUAAUUCUAAGGAUAAAGGCAAAAUAGCACUUCACCAGCAGAGUUCUCUUUCCUUAGUUAACAGUAUGCCAUCUGCUUCCUAGUGGCAUCAUUUGGGGAAUGAAGGAGCUGAGAAUCAUUCUUACAUGGUAUCUUUCAGGCCUCUUGGUUUUGACAUUAAUUUUUUUUUAAUCCAGUUAUUGUGUUAGUUUUUUGUUAUGCCUUUUUACUUCCUUAUUUUUUUAUAUUUCUUUUUUUUAAGUCCUUUUAUUUUACAGAUUAUUACUUGUCAGAAGUGGCACAGAUCAAGCAUUGCUACAACAAAGUCCCAUCACUGUCCCUUCAAUGAUAUGAUAGUCCUUCUCUCUUCUCUUUAGGGUAAUGUUCAGUUAUACUGUAAACAUUUUGCUUUUAUGUUUUUUUUCUUUUCCACAUGUACUAGCUUUACAAAUGCCAUAUUAGAAUGGUACCAAAUUGUUAUUACAUUUGAAAGAAGAAGAAUCCGGGAGUCAGGAUGGGUGGGAGACAUCUCCAGGGGACACAAUACAUUGUGUCAUGUAUUAAAAACUGGUGUGUGUUGGGGUGGGGAACAGGCAAGAAACUAAUGUAUUUCUGUUUGAUAUAUUAAAAUAUGCAUAAGCUAUCUUAUGUUUCAUCUGAUGUGCCUUAUCAAGAAAAUGAUUAUAAUAAAUCAUACUCUAGAAAACUCAUUAACUGAUACAAGUUGCCAGAAAAUUCUGUAUUGUGGCUUAUAUAACAUUUAAAAAUAAAUGACCUGGAAGUCAUCACAAUGAUAGUUAAAAGUUAUUUUUUUUUUAAUUUUAAAAUUAAAAAUUUUAUUUGUAAAAGUAUUUAGCUCUCUCAAUCUGACUUGGAUAAGAUUUAUUGUAAUUGUGCUUCUGCCAAUUACGAGACAAUUCAAUUCACACUAACAGGAGGUAUGAGUUUUAAAAGGAAAUUGUAAAUUAGAGUCUUGGGCUAAUCCAGUACAGCAUAGCAAUGAAAGGCACAGGCUCCAGACUUAGUUUGUAGAGUUUAGCAUAUUAAUCUUCUCAUGUCUUGGUAUGAAAAUGAGUACCUGCCUCCUUGUACUGCCAAGAUUAAAAUAAGCAGUUAGCAUUCCCUAGAACAUUAAUUUGUCAUCGCUAAUUAUAGCUAAGAAUUAUCCUGAUAUUGAAUGAUGGACUCCAGAUUAUUUAUUUUGGCCUAAGGAAAGUACUAAGAAGUAAUUAAUAGCAUUCCCUGAUAAUUUUGGUGAAAAAAAAACUGAAAAUUUUGGACAGACCUAGAAAUUUAUUGGAAACGAAAGUAUGUUUCCCUUGUGCAAAGGUAAUGUUUUUAUCACACUGUUUAAAAUUUGAUCAAUUAAAAAAAAAUAACACGAGGCAAAGAAAGUACAGAAAGGAGCAACCAAAGUCAAAGUGAUUAAAUUAUAAAAAGAUUAGAUUUCUUUAGUGUGAAAAGAUAAAUGGGAAAUGGGAAUAUGCCAGAGAUCUGAAAUGAAGAAUGGGUAAGAGCUUGCAUAUUUAAUUUUGUAUAUUAAAACCAAAUAUUCUAUGAAGAUUGGAAGGAUAAUUUAGGUCAAAUAAAAUUCUACAUUAAAGAAAGAAGAAUAAACCUUAGCAACUCAUUAGUAAUCCUUCAUUUCCUGAGUAUUUACUUCAUGACAACAAUAACAGAGAUGACAUGCCCAGUAAAGUAGUGUUUGAAGGCAAUAUGUAAAAGUGUCCCAUGCAUGGCAAGGAUGCAAAUGCUUCUAUGCAUAGUGAUGUGGGAGAGCUUGGAGGAGAAUCUUCAUGGAAAUGGAUGACUUGUGCUGGAUCUUAAGGAUAGUAUGGAUUUCCAAAGAUGGUUGGGAAAACUUCAAAUUGGCAGACAGGAAGGCAUGAAUGAGUAAGACGUGGUUGAAUAAUGAGUAGGCUGACCUCUCCGUACAGUAAACACUCAAAUCCUUUAUAUUCCAAACAAAGGACCUGUCCACCAGUUCCUGGAAGAAAACCUCUUGAGUCCUUGGGAUAUCUUACCUUUGAAGAGUGCUUUUGUAUGCCUUAGACCAUGGGCUGUGUUGUCACCAGUUUAAGCUCUGGGAAACUGGAGAUUCAGUAGCUAAGGUCAGUUAUGAGGGAGUUGAAUAUUUAUGUGACUGAACCCUGAACCCUAUCUCUUGUUAGCAAUACUUUGCAUAUGUUGGCAGACACUGUUGCGGAAUUAGGUGCUGUCUGUGCAGCUCCACUAGGAGAGGAAGUUUGUGCUUCAUUUCUCCUGAUUGUCACCUUGCACCUUUUCCAUUUACAGAUUUUAAUCUGUAUCCUUUUACUAGAAUAAACUAUAACUGGGAACAUAGCAACUUUUCUGAGUCUUAUGAUUCCAAAUGUAUCAUCGAACCUCAGGAUGAUCUUGGGGACCCCCGACUCAAUACAUUUUUCAUAGAAAAUUAAUGAGAAAAGAAGGGAAAGGAUGGCCUUCAUUACUAGUGUAAAGUUAAUAUUUUAUUCUUAGAGCAGCAAGUUGUUUUUAUGGGAUUAAAAAUGUAAGUUGUGUUAAAAGAACAUUAAUUUGGAUGCUUUGAACAAAACUGGUAGCCUGAAGGAGAAACAGGCAGAUUAUUUCAAGAUAGGAAGCUAUUGCAGUGAUUAAACUGAAAUGAUACAUUUUCAGGUCAGAUUUUCAUGCAUGAUAAAGGCUGGAAGUAUAGAUUUCAAAAGAUAUAUAUACAUUUAUGGAAAGGAAAUUUUUAAAUGGUGAUUCUAAUCUUUAAGGUUCAUGCCAAGGAAGGAAAACAACUAAUUUUGCAACAACCUGUUCAACAAUGAGAGGCACAAAAUGCCAGACACUGCUAAGUGCUGGGAACUUAGAUCUAACCAAAGACUUACAAGAUAAUAGUCUUUAAGACAGGCUUUAAGAAAUUCAAGUGUAGGGUAAGGCCACCUCCUCAGCAAGUAAAUACUGACAUAGUGAAGAUACGUAUUGGGUGAUACGAGAGCAUAUAGGAGAGACAGCUAGAGAGAGUUUAAUAGCAACACUAGGCUGGACUGAGUGGUGAAUGGGUUGAUAGAGCAAUUUAAUUAUAAUAAUUGUGUUAUUGUCAAUGUAGGCAUUUUGCUCAUAACUUCGGGCAAGUGAGAAGGGACAAAGCUUAACAAAGGACUGGAUAUUUUAGCUUGACAGCAGUAUCUAAAUUACAGAUUAGAAAACGAAUGACCAGCCAUACCGAAGACAAUUAUCUGGAAAUGCCUUCCCUAAGUGCCAACAGAUAAGUAAGGAAAAUAUAAUCAAUAGCUUUAAGUGACCCCAUGGAUCUUAAUGCCUUUCAGGCAACAUGUUUUUCUGACUUCCAAGCAUAAACAGUCUAAGCAUUGUGCAGUAGCCAUGAAGGAUUAGGUAUCCAAGUGCACAUUAUAUUAGUUUUGUACAGUCAUUGGAGGGAGAAAUAGUUUCAGAAUCAUGAAAUGAAUCAUAAGUAGCUGCUCUGGUGCUCUCUAGAAGCAGAACUUUCUAAACCUGAAGACUAUUAAUGGUGCAGCUCUCAAUGGUACAAGUGAAAAACCUCUCAGCACUACAUAGCGUCUUUGAGAAAGCUUUAAUUUUGUUUUUUCAGAGCAGUAUUCACAUGACAUCUUUAGGGUCUGUAAUCUUACUACCAUUAGGUUAGAACUCUACCCAAACUAAAAAUAAGUGGCCUCUAUCAAGUUGAAAUUACUUUAAUAUUUUCGUUUAUGUUUAUACUGCUUAUUUAAAUACAGAGAACAUGGCUAAUCAUUCAGGACCAUUUAAUUAUCAAAUUAUUAAUGAUUCUUACAUAAUUAAACUGUCAUAUUUGUUAACUUAUAUUUCAUUCUGUGGAAUUCAAAUUUAAUUGAUAAAGCACAAUGUACUUUAUAGUAGUUUAUUCCUUAAGUGUUUGAGUUUACGCUUUUUUUCUCCUGUAACAGACUCUAUUCCCAAGGCAAUCAACAUUUUAAUGGAACAAACUGAGUAUUGGAAUUGCUAAUGUUAUUUUCCCAUCCUAGUUUCUACUUGUUUCUUAUAAUAAAGGAGGUUUCCAAA